AUGCACAUUAAGCAUUCCUGUCGCACAUCCCGCAUCCGUCAUGUGAGAUCGGGCCAAAGAGAGAACGCACCUUCGUCCACGCUCCUCCGGGUCCUCAUCCUCCCGGACCAGAACAUGCUGCCCGCCCAUGCCCACGCGCCGGAUGCACACCUCGGCGAACUUCAAGUUCGCGAGUGCAUCAUGUCCAAAUACGUGGCUGCCGGGGUAGUUUGCUAUGUGCCAUGCGAAGAUGCUCGCCCCGAGACGCUUCAUCUCGAGCGUCAUGUUGCCUUUUAUUUGCGCCGGAUCAUCGUUGGGCGGCGGGGCAGAAGGGAGUUUGCGUGCUCUGGCGAUGAUGUCCAUGGGCUCGGUACUGGAGGAGCACCGGACAGUGGGCGGUGCUGGCAAGCAGACGGACAAGCUGUCCCCGCGGGAAUCAUGUUGAUUCGUCUGCCAUCAUGGACAUUGACCGUGUCUCGGGAAACCCCCUACCUGCUCGCGAACGACGAAUAUAUCGACUUCGUCGCUCAACCCUAUGCUGAACGGCUACCGACGGAGUCGGACACUCGCAAGGUGGCCCAGGCUCUGCGUCCGGAACGAGGUCCACACCCGAGGCCCCGCUUCCCCCUUGUCCGCACACCCGUCUGCCGCACAUCCAUAUCCGACCAUUUCAGCGCUAUCCUGCCGAACUUCACUGGCUUGAUUUUGUGCAAGGGGCGCAUGCGUCUGCGCCUCCUCAAGGUUCUAGGCACUGGCGCCUACGGCGUAGUCUACCUCGCACACGACAUGAGCUCUCCGGCGCACAGUCCGGCUCACUACGCAGUCAACCUUGGCGCCCUCCUUGCGCGCGUUUUUGCCACCGUCCCCGAGCAGCGCAUCAACCUCAACGGGCUCCGCAAAGCGAUCAUUGAGCUCGAUACCUUCUUCCCCGAAGCCAAGCCUUCCGAGCCAGCUCCGCCAAUAGCUCACGCGGUGUCCGUGGACAUCACCGAUUUCGAUCGCUCGGACGCCAUCAGCAACGAGUCUGAGGAGCUCGAGCUUGUCGAGAUUCGCCCGCUCCCGUCCGCUAUCACCGUCACACUAUCCCCGCCCGUUCUGCGUGUCGUCAACAACCCGUCCGCGCGCUCGACGUAUCCUUCUACCGCGGUCUCCGACGGCUCCGACAGGACUGCCUUCUCCGAGUCGCUGUUCUCGGAGGCGUCCGAAUCAAGCUCUAGCUCCGAGAGCGAGGGACCAAUCACGCCCGAGGUACACCCCGUCGAGGUGGUGACGUCCGUUCCCUCAAUCGCGCUCGAAGCCAUCAAGGGUCUCCCCGAAUGCGACCUGCAGCUGGGCUUGACCGGCAUCGUCGAUGCCGCCGGCUCUGCGAGCUCUUUGGGCCUGAAGAAGCGCAAGAUGCCACUCUCGUGGGAGCGUUUCGUGGAGAGGAUCCGGCUGCGGGCGUGA